CUUAACAUUUUCCAAGCCUCAGGUUCCUCCUUUCCAAUAUUUGAAAAAUACUCCCAGUGUUUUAUAAACUUGUUAAAUUUUGUAUGUAUAACAGGUGGGACAUUGCUAAAGAGUAGCCAUUACUAUACUAUAUAUAAAAUGCUGGACAUCCCUGAACAUUAUACCUAUAUUGCUUCUAACGUGACAUUCAAAAGCUUGACAUUUAGUAUCUACUAAGGCCGAACAUUCUUAUUCUCUAUAAUACAGCAAUUCCACUCCUAGGUAUUCACUCCACUGAAACGCACAUACAUGUCCAUCAAAAUGGACACAUGUUCACUGAAUGCUCAGAGCACUAUUCCUAAGAGUCCUAAACUGAGAACUACCAAAUGUCCAUAGGCAAUAAAAUCGUCAAAUACAUUUACGAUCACAAAAUGAAAUACUAUUUGGCAGUGAUAAUGAACAAUCUACAACUACACCCAACAAAACGAUGAAUCUCACAAACGUAAUGAAUGUUGAGCGAAAGCAGACACUAAAAAAGGCACACUGAAGGAUUCAUCACCAUAAAAUGCAGAGUUGGGAAAAACUAGCCCGUUUUGUUGGACUCGGAUACAGCACCUUGGGGAAGGGAAAGUGACUGGAGCAGAAAUGAGGGUGGCUUCUGGAGAAGUAAUAAUGUUUCUGGAUCCUUGUGCUUGGUUACCCCAAGUAUGUUCGGGUUGUGAAAUUCAUUAAAAUACACACUUAGAAUUUAUUCACUUUUUGUGUGUGUAUAACUCAUUAAAAGUUAGGGGAAAAAAAGGUUGUCCUUUUCCAUGGAGAGGCUGGAAUUCUUGGUAUUCUGCCUAAAGUCAUUCAGCUCUGGUUUCACCACGAAUCCAUACCCAACAAGUUUCACUCCCACGAGGGAGAGGUUUGAGAAGAGGCGUAUACGCGGGCGGGCUGGGCGCCACAGCCGGACAGCAGGACAUCCCGGUACGCCCCGCCCUGGGCCUAGAGAACGACCUGGCGCUUUUACCUCAGACGAGUCGGGGACGCGGGGUCCACUGACCUGAAGCCCCAGGACGCCUCCUGAGGCGGCUCAGCCACGGGCCUCUCUCGGCGCCAGGCGACGCCUGACCCCGUCGGGCCUCACGGCGCGAUCCAACAGGCCUGAAGCAAAACUCCGCCAGCCGCCUGCGCUUUCACGCUGAGGGUCGGGACCGCGGCCGCGCGCCGGGGAUGUCGGUGACAGUGACGCUGGAGCCGGCGGGCCGCUGCCGCUGGGACGAGCCGGUGCGCAUCGCCGUGCGCGGCCUGGCCCCGGGGCAGCCGGUCACGCUGCGCGCGUCCUUGCGCGACGAGAAGGACGCGCUCUUCCGAGCCCACGCGCGCUACUGCGCCGACGCCCACGGCCAGCUGGACCUGGAGCGCGCGCCCGCGCUGGGCGGCAGCUUCGCGGGGCUCGAGCCCAUGGGGCUUCUCUGGGCUCUGGAGCCCGAGAAGCCUUUUUGGCGGUUUCUGAAGCGGGACGUGCAGACGCCCUUCGCCGUGGAGCUGGAGGUGCUCGAUGGCCACGACCCUGACGCCCAGUGGCUCCUGGGCCGCGCGGUGCACGAGCGCGACUUCCUGGCGCCCGGGGUGCGGCGCGAGCCCGUGCGCGCGGGCCGGGUGCGCGCCACGCUCUUCCUGCCGCCGGGACCAGGACCUUUCCCAGGGAUCAUUGACAUCUUUGGUGUUGGAGGAGCCCUGUUGGAAUAUCGGGCCAGCCUUCUGGCUGGCCAUGGCUUUGCCACGUUGGCUCUAGCUUAUUGUGAUUUUGAAGAUCUUCCCAAGAAAUUCGACACCAUACACCUGGACUACUUUGAAGAAGCCCUGUGCUACAUGCUUCAACACACCCAGGUAAAGGGCCCUGGCAUUGGACUUCUGGGCAUUUCUUUAGGGGCUGAUAUUUGUCUCUCCAUGGCCUCAUUUUUGAAGAACAUCUCAGCCACAGUUUCCAUCAAUGGAUCUGGCUUCAAUGGAAACAAAGCCAUAUACUACAAGGAGAAUAGCAUUCCACCACUGGGCCAUGACCUGAGGAGAAUGAAGGUAGCUUUUUCAGGCCUCCUGGACAUUGUGGAUAUAAGGAAUGAUAUUGUAGGGGGAUGUGAGAACCCCUGCAUGAUUCCAAUAGAGAAGGCCCAGGGGCCCAUCCUCUUCAUUGUUGGUCAGGAUGACCAUAACUGGAGGAGUGAGUUAUACGCCCAGAUAGCCUCUGAACGGUUACAGGCCCAUGGAAAGGAAAAACCCCAGAUCAUCUCUUACCCUGGGACUGGGCAUUACAUUGAGCCUCCUUACUUCCCCAUGUGCCCAGCUUCCCUACACAAAUUAUUGGACAAACCUGUGAUCUGGGGUGGGGAGCCCAGGGCUCAUUCUAAGGCCCAGGUAGAUGCUUGGAAGCAAAUUCUAACCUUCUUCACCAAACACCUUGGAGCUUGUCCCAAAUUGUAAUGCCCCAAAUUGUAAUUGGUCUGUUAUUGACAGGAGAGAUUCAAGGUCAGAUUUUAGUGUUUAAUAAUCUUAUGUGAAUCACUUGUCCCCUGGAUAACACUAAAUUCAUGUCAUUGGUAUUAAUGCAAUAUUUUAGGUAACUUUUUUGAGAUUAAUUUUGUCAUUACUUUUUCUAAUGUAACACAUGCCUAUUGUAGAAGAUUCAAUUAGAAGUAUACAAUACUAAAUAGUAAAAAGUAUCACUACUAUUAAA